AUGGCGGGUGCUAUCAAGGAUGCGCCGCAAAAGCCGGUACCGACUGCUGUGCUGAUGAACAGUCAUGAGGAGGCACAGUCAACGUUGAGUCCGCAUAGGAGAAUUGUGUGUCAUGCGGAAUCGAUAUUGUCUACGCCAGAGUUCCAUAGCUCGUUUUUGGGGCUGUGGGCGCUGCAGAUGAUUGUUGUGGUUGCGAUAUUGGCUUGUGUUGCUGAGGGUUUGCACCUGGGUAAACAAUGGAUGAAAAAUAACAGCUCUCCUGAGCCAGUAUCCGAGAAGAGCAGCCUGCGCUUGACCGGUGCCGAAAGGCGUCUCCUAGCCAUCCCCACUGGUCCCCAGGAAGCAGAUUCAGUGUUCAGCCCAGGCGCAGAGAAGAAGCUACGAGCGUACGAGACGACACGAUACUUUGUCACGCAGGCAUCGAGUGGACGGAGAGAGUUCAUUGCGUAUGAUGAUGAUAGCGAUGAUGAGGCGAACAGGCCUGUGAUGUAG